AUGAAGAGAGAUAUUAAACACAGUAAGAAGAGAAUUGACCUUGAAGAAAUUAUUAACCCAUUAAAUGGAAAACCUUAUAGUGAAAAUUAUUUUAAAUUACAAGAAAAAAUAAAUGCAUUACCAGUGAAACAAUAUGAAAAAGAAGUUAUUAAUGAAUUAAAAAAAAAUAGAGUACUUAUUCUUGAAGGAGCAACUGGAUCAGGAAAAACAACUCAAAUUCCUAAAUUUUGUUUAAAUCCAGAAAUUUGUGGUGGGAAAGGUGUUUGUUGUACACAACCAAGAAGGGUUGCAGCUAUUUCUGUUGCUCAAAGAGUUGCAGAAGAAAUGGAUGUUCAAUUAGGAGAAGAAGUAGGUUAUUGUGUACGUUUUGAUGAUUGUAGAAGUGAUAAAACGAAAUUAACAUAUAUGACUGAUGGUAUGUUAUUGAGAGAAUUAAUGGGAGAUCCUAAAAUUCAAAAGUAUGGAGUUAUUUUACUUGAUGAAGCACAUGAACGUACAGUAUCAACAGAUAUAUUAUUUGGUGUAUUAAAAUCAUUAUUAGAAGAACGAGAAGAUUUAAAAAUUGUUGUUAUGAGUGCUACUUUAGAAGCUACAAAAUUUAAAGAAUAUUUUGAUAAUGCACCUAAUAUGUCUGUUGAAGGAAGAACAUACCCUGUAACAAUUAAUUAUAGUAGAUAUCCAGAAAAUGACUAUUUUGAAGCUGCAGUUAAAGUUGUUUCUAAAAUUGAUAAUGAACCAGAAGGUGAUGUUUUAAUUUUUAUGACUGGUGAAGAAGAAAUUGAAGAAAUGGUUGCAAGAAUCAAUUCAAUGAAAACAAAAAGUCAUAUGAUUGCUUUACCUCUCUAUUCUGCUUUACCACAACAAGAACAACAACGUGUUUUUGAGAAAGUUAAUGGAAGAAAAGUAAUUGUUUCAACAAAUAUUGCAGAGACAUCAGUUACUAUUGAUGGAAUUGUUUAUGUUAUUGAUACUGGUUAUGUUAAACAAAAAGUAUAUCUUCCAUCUACUCGUGUUGAAACAUUACAAGUAACUGCAAUCAGUCAAGCUGCUGCUCAACAACGAGCUGGAAGAGCUGGAAGAACUAGACCAGGUCAAUGUUAUCGAUUAUAUACUGAAAAAGGAUUUAAUGAAUCAUUACCUAAACAAACUGUUCCUGAAAUGUUAAGAACAAGUCUUGCAAGUGUUAUUUUACAUAUGAAGAAAAUAGGAAUUAAGGAUAUCCUUCAUUUUGAUUAUCUUGAUGCACCAUCUCCACAAGUAAUGGUUAGAGCAUUAGAACAAUUAUAUUAUCUUAACGCUUUAGAUGAUAAAACAAAUCUAACUGAAAUUGGUUCAAAAAUUUCUGAAAUACCUGUUGACCCUCAAUUAGCAGUAACACUAAUUGCAUCAAUUGACUAUAAUGUUGUUGAUGAAAUAUCAACAAUAGUAUCUUUACUUAAUGUUCCUAGUAUAUUUUAUAGACCUAAGGAACAAGAAGAAAAGUCAAAGGCUGAUGCUGCAAAAGCAUAUUUUAAUGACCAUGAAAGUGAUCAUAUUACAUUAUUAAAUACAUACAAUGCAUGGAUAGAAAAUGGAAAAGAUUCAAAAUGGGCAUGGAAUAAUUAUGUUAAUCAAAGGGCAUUAAAACAAGCUGAGUCAAUUAAAAACCAACUAUUAGGAAUUCUAUACAGAAUGGGAGUUAAACAACAACAAAAACCUAUUGAAGAUGUUAGAAAAAGAAAAGAAUUGAUUCGAAAGGCUUUAUGCAAAGGAUUCUUUAUGCAAAGUGCUCAUCAAGUUAAAGGAGGAUAUCAAAUAGUUUGUGAUAAUAGAAUUGUUUUGUUACAUCCAUCUAGUUGUAUUGGAAAGAGAGAGUGGAUUCUUUAUAAUGAAUAUGUUAUGACAAAGAGAGAAUAUGUUCGUACUGCAUCUUCAAUUCAACCUGAAUGGUUAUUUGAAGCAUCUCCAAAAUAUUUUGCACAAUUAGAUAAAUUUAAAGAAUCGGAAACAACAAGAGCAUUAAAACGAGUGAAAAGAGCAAUGAAUUGA